CUAUGUUUAUUCCGUUCUGAGUGGUUUAGAAUGCCGUAAUUUAACGGCAUUUAAAUGCCCUCUUUCAACACUUCUCCUCCAAAAUCCAACUGGAUGGGACCAUUCUCAGUUCUCAGCUGGUUGGACACUCAUCUGCCCAGCUAUAAAUGAGAUUUAAAGAAACAUAGGAGAGAGUGUUUCACUUCUGUAUUUCAAAAUCACAUUAAAAUGCAACGGAAAAGAAUGAGUUUAUUAUUGUUGUCCAGAUGAUAUACACAAUAGUCUUCUCCCCUUUUGCUCACUCUCCAGCUGCGAGUUGCUCAGCGCUGCACCUCAACGCCCAGUACUCCCGCUCGGCAGUUCGGAGCCACGAGUUUGUGCGGGUCACGUGACCGGCGCCCGGCGCCUCCGUCUCCGUUAACUGGAGGCGGCUGUGGGCAGUGCCUGACGCCGGCGCCGCGUCGCACCGGUCGGACGGUGUGUUUGUAAGCAUGCAGGUGCGGGAGUGAGAGGGUGUCGGGGAAAGGGCGUGUGUGUAUGCGCGCCCGCCCGGGUCGUCGGCCUGGCAGCCGCGGAGCCGAGCGGCGGUAGGCGUGGGCAGGGCGGAGCGCCCAGGGGCGGGAUAUCAUGACAGCGUUAGCCGCCGCCUCCUUUUUCUCCAACACUUGUAAUUUCGGUGGAUGCGGCCUCACCUUUAACACCCUGGCAGAACUUAUCGAGCACAUUGAAGACAUCCACAUAGAAAAUGACCCCAAGGUAUUGGAAAGGCAAGAGCAACAGCAGCCAUCGUAUAUCGCACUAAGUUAUAUCAAUAGGUUUAUGACUGAAGCUGCUCGCCGUGAGCGGGAACAAAUGAGAAAAAGACAUCAGGCCAAAUUAACACCAGCUCUUUCUAGUCCUGUGGGAAGAGGAGGCAUGCCUGUAUCACCUCACCCUGGCAAUGGGACCUCAGCGUUUCCAGGCACACCACCAGUUACACCAUCAUCUUCCGCCUGCAGUGGAACUCCAACUGGCAGUGAAUUAGAUGAAGAAGAAAUUGAAUGUGAAGAUUCCGACAGUGAUGAAUCAUGGACAACAGAAAGUGCUAUUAGCUCCGAGACUAUUCUAAGCUCAAUGUGCUUGAAUGGGGACGACGAGAAGCCGUUUGCUUGUCCUGUACCUGGCUGUAAAAAGAGGUACAAGAAUGUUAAUGGAAUCAAGUACCAUGCCAAGAAUGGCCACCGCACUCAAACCCGUGUCCGGAAACCUUUCAAGUGCCGCUGUGGGAAAAGUUACAAAACAGCUCAUGGGCUUCGUCACCACACCAUCACCUUUCAUCCACCAGUGUCAGUUGAUAUGCUUAGAAAGAUGCAGUUGUGAGGCAAUUCCCCCGUACCUGACUGAACUGCUAAUUGCAUACUCAGUUUUCUGCUAACAGGGGUGAGUGAAGAGAUUGAAUUUUCUCUCAAAACUAAUUGUUACAAAUCUUGAAAAAAGUUGCUCUUUAUUCUUUAUUUUUAAAUGAACUGUUUCUGUCUGAAAUAAACAUUUUUUUAGUACAAAGUUGUGUUCCCAUAAUGGCAUCAAAUGCUGCUACAAAUUAGAUACAAUAUUUUAAAUAUUAACUUUGAGUUCCAGGGGUACUAUUUUAAUUAAUGAUUAUUGCUUCUAAAAGCACUUCUCUAUUCCUUUAUGGAGCUUCAACACUCAAUUGUAGGUUACAUCUUAAAAUUGCUAAUACAAUAAAUUUAUCUUUUUUAUUGCAAAAUGUUUUUAAAGAUGCCAUUUGUUGUACAAAAAGGUGCUGCUAUACUUUAGAUCUCGAUGUUAGAAUCCUGGGAUCUAAGUAAAGGCAAGCUUGAUUUUUCAUUAUCAUUUAUAGAGUAUUUUGAUGGGAAAUCACCCUAACCGAUCCUUCUGUCAUAUACCACUAGAUUGAAUGUAAUGCUGUGCCAGAUUUGUUUUCAUGUGGGGGGAUGCAAUCCUCUUACCAUGUAAUAAAAAUUUCUCUGGAUCAAUUCAUGAGAAUUUGACAGUUGUUUCAAAGUUUCCCCUAAACCAAAUUAAUCUUUAUCUUGAAGAAAAAAUAUAUUUAAAAAUUUCUAAAUUUAAAUUUGAAAUGGAAUUAAAUAGAAUCAUUUAAUGUCAGAAUCUAAGAUUGAAAGUACUUGAUCUAGAAUUCUAACAAUAGAAGUCAUGUUUUUGUCAUGAAAAUAGUAAACUAACCACAACCACACUAGUUAGGUUGUUUAUAAAGAUGAGAAAAACUAAAUGCAUUGUUCCCAGGUUAAAAGAUACUUAAUUUCUUGAGACAUGUGUUGGCCUUUAGUGUGCUAAAUUAGUGUGUGUGUGUAGUUAAAGCAGCAUGUGCACCAUAUGCUUAUAAAUAAGGUUUGCCUGUUUACAACUAAAUAAUGUACUGUUGCAUUAAAAGAAAUUCUGUUGUCAGCAAGUUAAGUCAUGGCAAUUUGGUUACUUAUUGGAUGCCUGCCUAAAAUAUAAUCCUGACCUAGUUCUGCUUUUAUAAUGCAGUAUCAGCACUUUGAAAGUUUUAAAAGAUUAUGUCUGUGAUUCAGAAAAUAUGAAAAUGUCAUAUUUUAUUUUAGAUAAUUAAUCUUGACCCUGGCAACCUUUUUUUUGUUCUGCUUUUCCUUAUUCAAGAAAGAAAGACUAACAGUUUCAGACUGGUAAAGCUGGACACCCAGUUUUCUUUAGUAUAAUGUCAUUUUACAAGUAUUAAUAUUACAUGUCAGUGCCUAAAAUUUGAUCAAUGGUGAAAUUUCAUUGAGGUAUUUGAGAAGAGUCAAUCUGCUUCAAGUUUGAAAACACUAUGUACAGUUUGUACUAGUAAGAAUUUUGGAUGGAAUAAUCACUGCCUAAAGAUCAGAAGAUGUCUAUUUGCUGCCCCUUCUCCCAUUUCAUGUUUUCAAACUGAGAAGAGUAUAACAGUUUAGAUUCAGUACUUUUAUGGUUGCAAUGAGUGUGACUCUGUGUUAGUUAAUAGCGACUAUAUUUAUCUUCUGGCUUUCUUCCUAUACUGGGAAAGGUAUUCACAACCGCCAUAAAGUGUUCCAACAAUGUUACUGACAUUUGUCAAAGCUCACCCAUAGGGGGUAGCAGAGGUCAAAAGACAGUCAAAAGCUGGUUUUGAAACAGCCUCUGAAUAGAUUUUGGCUUCAGCAGCUUCUUUACCUAAAGUAGAAAGUCAAACUUCAUUACAAUUCCCUGUUUUUAACUCGAUCUGGAUCGAGACAACAGUAUUAGAUUCACUCUCUUUAAAGUGCAACCUGUACUUGGUCUUUAACGUAGAUGUGUAACAAUUUAUUAUUUUUAAUCAGAAUGUGAACAAUAUUUUAAAAAAUGAGGUCUCCUAUCAUAAAUAUUAAAUAAUGAGAUGACUUUGUUAUAUAAUAGCAAUACAGACAGAAUUUUCUGAUUCCUCAUCAAUCACUGAGAAGUUCUUAUUGCUUGGGAUCAAUUAUUCAAAUCUAAGCUAAAAUUAAUUUUUCUAUCUUAGAAAAUAUAGAUCUUUAAUAAAGUCUAUUCUGAAAAUGGGAAAAGGUGAAGUCAGGUGAAACGCUAUAGUUGAACAAAAAGCUUAUUAAUUCUGUCAGAUUUUAAAAUGUACAUAUCUUUGGCAUAUACGUUUUGUAUAAUUUAUUCCUAUUAAAAUUUCAACUUUAAUUCUUGUCCCAGAAUAAACUGGUUCCUCCAAAGAAUAAAAUGAUUAGAAGUGGCCUGAAGUACCUGAAUAUGAAAGUAUGCCUAUGAUGUAUUGAGCAACAGAUGGCUGAAAACUUCAGGUCUUCCAAAUUUGUAGCUGCCAAAAUCACCAUAAAAUGUUGUCCAAAUUGGCACUUAGCUAAAUUCCCAGUUUACCUGCUAAAUAGCAAAGAUUUGAAAAUUUACAAGGAAUAAGAUUUAUGACAUUCAUAUUUAAAUUAACCAGAUAUCUUGAGUAUUGUUUUCUUGUUCCACUGAACUGCUUACCAGUUGCAUUUAAUCCCAAGCAAUUAUCCAUUUCACUGACUGGUCAAAUCGAAAGCAAUCAGAGGACCAACAUCACAUGGAACAAUAUAAUAAAAUUCAGAUAAAUAAUUUUAAUGACUUAUUAAGGUUCUGAAUUGAAAACACUAUUUCUCAGAAAGGUUCCUUUUAUUUGGAAGGUCCAUAAUCAAAUGCAUUGUGCUUUGGUUUUGAAAUAUACUUUAGAUAGUCUUUGCUACACUCAUCUUUCUCACCAUCUCUCUCGUUCAUUUGCUUCACUUUCCUCACGUACUCAUCUCACCACAAAAUUAAUGGUUAUGGCACAAGGUAUGAGUUUUUAUGCCACUUUACAGUGAUUAAAAAUGUUUUUUUGUGAGGAUGGUAAGACUUGGAUAAUGUAAUUUAGAUAGUAUGAUUUUCAAAAUAAUGAAAUUAAAAUCUGUUCAUCUCCAGGAUAUUUGGUUACAUCAGAAAUUACGAUGGCGGGUCCCAUAAUCAUGAUAAUAUGACAAAAUAAACUCAUUGAAAGAAUUGUUGGUAUUGCACUUUUCAGAAAAAAGUUAUUAUUCUUAAGUCACAUUAUAUAUGCUCAGUAAUUAACAGUAGACGAAAUGUAUGAAAUGCAAGAUGGCUGUCUUAUAUUUUUGCAAUUCAAGGAGAAAUUGCAGGCCUGCACAUGUCUGUCAAGAAAUAUAGUUAAUGGUUUAGCUUGACAACCUUUCAUCGGACUAUUUAACUGAGCAUUUUGAGUUUUAAAAUGACUAAAAUAAUUGUGCUUGAUGCUGAAACUGCCAAACUUUAUUAGUUAAAAGUGCUAAUAAGUUUUAGUCCAGAUUUAUUUCCUUCAGUAUUUGAAUGCUCUUUGCCAUUUUCAAAGGUUUUUAUUCACUUUGAUCUUCUGCAUUUGUGAUCAAAUAGAAAGUAUAACAGAACCAAUGAAUAUUUAUUAAGGCAAGAAUAUUACUCCAAGCUAGAGGUUUUGUCUUAUAGUUUUCAUGUUGCUUAAUGAGUAAUUAGUGGUCUGGACUAAUAAUAGAAAGGAAGUCAAAAUGACAUUGUAAAGUUUUGAGAAUUUGGUUUAAAUCUGGAACACACUGCUGUCUGGUAAUACGACAAAGCUGUUGGACUGUUACAAAAUCUCUAUCAUCGUAAUGUCCAUUUAGAGAAGGAGGUCUAUCAUUUUUAACCAGUCCCAUACCAACAUAAACAACAGAA